GGGGGCGGAGGGACGGGGGCGGUGCGAGGCGGCCGGGGUCCAGCUCACUUAGACCUGCUCUCGGUUCCUCACCCGCCAAGGACAGUAGAGAGGGUCCGGGGCCAGACCCCCGGGCGGGGCUGCGCAAAUUCGAGAAGCUCCGCAGGUUAUGUACAAGCUGGUAAACUGGCUCCUUCUAACGCUCUUGCUAGUUGAAUGUCCUCAUCUUAUAUUGUAGAAAUAAGGAAUAGAUUUUGAAAGACUCUUUCUACCUCUCUCAUCUCCUCCUUUAUUAUUAUUUUUUCUAUAUUUUUCUGCUAAUUAUGAGCCUUAAAACUACAGCGCAGUAAAUGCAAUGUGGUAUCCUGGAUUGGAUCCUAGAACAGAAAAAGGACAUCAGUAGAGAAACUGGGGAAAUCCUGAUAAAGUAUUUGAUAACGUGUUUAUCCCUACGGUAAAGAAGGCACGUGGCUGAUGAGCAGGGAGGCGAGGCCGCCGAGUGAGGCAGAGGGGCAGGCCUGGGAAGCAGAGGACGAUGACAUGGCAGAAGGCGAUUUAGGGUAUGGCCUCAGAAGAAGGCCCGGCGGCAUUUACGAAGUGCAGGUUUCACAUUUAUUUACAUCUAGAAAAAGAUCAGAUGGAAAGGCCUUCAGUCCUCCCCCGUUUUCAAGAAAUGGGGAAGAAAGAAACAGUGCCGUUUUUCAGUAUUCCAAGCAUAAGAGCUUGCAUGACACAUACCCAGAAGGACCCCAAAUUCCCUAUCACGGCCGACAAAGUAGCACUGUAGAUUCUGAUUCAGAGUUGUCAAAUGUGGAAUUAAGGCAACGUCUUCAGGAAACUUUAGAGGAGGUAGAAAUUUUGAAAACUGAACUUGAGGCAUCUCAAAGACAUCUUGAAGGUAAAGAGGAAGCAUUGAGAAUUCUUCAAAGCAAUGCAAUAUUUGGCAAAGCCACAAGUCAUACCCAGGCAGUGCUUCAAAAAACUGUGGAACAAAAGAGAUCCUUGGAGAAGAGCCUGCCUCUUUCUGAUCAUCUCAUCUUCACUAAAAAGGAAAUAAAUGCCUUGCAGUGGGAAAUAGAAUUUGAUCGCAAUAGAUUUAAAAAUAUAGAGGAAUCUUGGAUCCAAAGAUAUGACAGGCUAAAUUGUGAAAAUGCAGUCCUCAAAGAAACUUUGAAACUGAAAACAGAAGAAAUUAAAAUGCUCAAGUCUGAAAAUACAAUUUUGAAUCAACAGUAUUUGGAGGCCCUCGCCAUGCUUGAUAUCAAACAGCAGAAGAUGGCUCAGGAAAACACAUGCCAGGACACAAGUGGCUUUACAGAGGUUUCAGGUCUUGAGCUUGCAGUCCUGGGAGCCUGCCUUUGUCACGGUCCCAGAGGGAGCCCCUGUACCUGUGCCAGACUGGCAGCAUCUACUCGGAAAAUGCUCCUUCAGGUCAAACAGGAGUUGGAACUUCUGCAGAAGAGUAAAGAAGAAGCCUACAUAAUGGCAGAUGCAUUCAGAAUUGCAUUUGAGCAACAAUUAAUGAGGAAAAAUGACCAGGCACUAAGAUUGACACAAAUGGAUAAAAUGUGUAAGAAAGCAACAAAAGGGACAAAUUGGAAGCACCUUAAAGAUGAUGGGUUACCAUCACAAAGGAGUAAGAAGACCUUAGGGCAGAAACUGUUGGGUAUGCUCCCUUUGGAAAACAGUUCUAAGAGUACUGGUGACCAGCAUGAUCCUCAGGAAGUCUUUAAGAUGCUAACAGAUUUGUUAAAUGAUAAAGAAGAAGCUUUGGCUCAUCAAAGAAAAGUUAGUUACAUGCUUGCUCGGGCUUUGGAAGACAGAGGCACCACCUCAAAAGAGAAUAAAGAAAAAAAUCCUAUGAAAGACAAUUCUCCAUUAAAAAACCCCUGGCAGAAAACUUCAGAAUUCCCUGUUUUACGUGGUCCUGUACAUUCAAGUGUUCAAAUUUUUAAUUCUGUGGGCUGCAUUUGUUCAGUUCAGCACUUUCAAACAGAUCAAUACUACACAAGAACUCUUAAAAGAUCCUGUUCUUUGCCAUCAAAUAUCAUGUACUGAAGACAAACCAGUUGAAAUUAGAACUGAGAGCUGUUUAUAUCGAGACUGUGAAAACGGACCAUGUAAAUGUUGCUACAUCUUCAGAAGUUGUGUUUUCUGGGUAUUCUAAAUUUGGGGAAGCAGCUUAAAUAAAUGUUCUCUACAAGACA